AGCAGUUUCCGGUAGUUCGCGCACACAGGUAUGUUGGGCGGUUGUAAAUCGCGUUUAAGGCUAGAGAGUGUCUUUCAGAGUUCAUUGUAGCUGUCACAUUUCAUCUAAGGAUUUCUAAUAUUAGCGUUUCCUUUGCAUUUACCGAUAAUAAACGUUUACAUAAUUGUUCAUCGCACGAAGUACGUCUUUUUAGUUCGAUGUACUGUUUGACGUCUCUAGGGGGAAUCACCGGUAAGCUUACCUUUUGAAGGAAUUAGUCUCUCUGUACUUUGUAGUCGUGUUCAAGAUCGGGUUGUGACAGUUACUAGUUUACGAUGCUAUAUUUUAAUGAGGCUGUUCAAUGACGAUAGUGUUAUUUUGCCAUCAGCUUGGUCACUACCGUAGAUAAGUUUCUGUUGCUUUCGUAUUACCAACGUGGAUUAAUGUCUCGGGUGUUGCUAGUAUCUGGAUGGUGCUGCGUUCUUGUGUAAGGGGAUCGUAUUGCAAGCAGUCGUUUUUGCGACUUUGAUGUGUGGUGUCGCAGUCUCAGGUGAGAGUAUUGUUCAGUAAGAGGUGAGCGAGCGUGUGUGUAAGUGAAGUGUUUAUCCGGUAAGUGUCCGUGGCGUAUUCUGUGAACCAUGUACGCGAACGACAACAUAAGAGCACUCCACUCUGCGGUAAGAGCGGGCAGUUUGCAUGAUGUCAUGGAAAUUCUGGCGAAAGGCGCAGACGUGGAAGCCGCAGACGUUUGCAAGGUACGAGCAGUUCAUAUUGCUGCGGAGCAAGGCCAUUUGGACAUUCUUAAAGCGCUUAUCGCACGGGGCUGCAAUGUAAAUGCACAGGCGUCUUGCGUUACGCCUUUGUUUAGCGACGUGGAGCAUGGUCUGACGCCGUUACAUUUAGCAGCAGCAAAUGCUGACCCAAACCUCGUACUCGCUUUGAUCAGUGCCGGCGCUAAUGUUAACGCCAAGAGUAGUUCCAAAGUGUUUCCACUGCACAUUGCCGCACAGCAUGGACAUUUGGCCGUGGUGAAGGCACUAGUUUCAGCGAAUGCAGAGGUAAAUGUCGAGGACGACAAAAAAGUCACCCCUUUAAUUUCUGCUGCGGCGCAGAACUUUGAAGACGUAGCCAAAUUUCUUGUACGUAGCGGUGCUGUUGUUAAUGCUACAAAUUCAGACCGUUCGACACCAUUGCAUUUCGCAGCAGAAAAGGGAAACAUUGACAUAGCAAAGUUGCUGAUCCACAACAAGGCCGCGAUUAAUGCAAAGAAUCUGAAAGGCUUCACACCACUGCAUGUGGCCAUACAAAACAGACAAGCCGCAGUAAGCGUGUUUUUGAUUAACAGUGGAGCAGAUGUGAAUAUGAGAGAUAACGAGGGCUGGACCCCUUUGCUUAGCGUGGCACAGAGCGGAUAUCCAUCAGAAAUUGCCAAACUGUUGAUUGCGAAAGGUGCUAACAUGAAUGCGAGGGACAGGACUGGUAGAACACCCUUGUACCUCGCUGCAGAGAACGAUUUCACUGACAUAGUGAACAUCUUGACCGAAAGCAAGGCUGACGUUAAUGCAACUACCGAUCAAAUGUGGACGUCGCUGCAUAGCGCAGCUUACGAGGGCAAUUUGGAUGUUAUAAAAAUUCUUAUUGCCAGUGGUGCCAAAGUGGAUGCGAGGACCUACAAGCGGACUACACCACUGCAUUUUGCUGCAGACUAUUGGCACGUUGAAGUAGUUAAAUACCUCUUGGCAAAAGGAGCUGAAGUUAAUGCACCCGAUCACACAAACUGGACGCCACUUCACUUUGCGGUGGAUGAGAGUUCCACUCAAGUCCCUCUCAAAACGUCUGGACACUCAGGUGCACAGCCGCAGGACUCUAAACUGAAUACCAUAAAAGCUCUCAUUGAAAACGGAGCAGACAUAAACUCAAAGGGAAGCAACGAUGAAACAGCACUGCUCCUAGCUGUAAAGUAUAGCGAUUCAGCAACUGCUAGGUAUCUACUAGAGAACGGUGCAUAUUACGAUGUGACGAACAAGACUUACCGUGGUGACAUUAUUACUCUUCCACAGAUUGCUGUGCUAAAAAGAAAUGAGAACAUGAUUGCUUUAUUCUGUGCUACUGAAAAGCUGUUUCAAGCUGUAAAAAAAGCCAAGUUUGCAGAAAUUGAAAAAUGUGUUCAAGAAGGGGCACCAGUCAACAGUAGAAGUAUCAAGUAUGAAACACCACUUAUGUAUGCAUCCUGGAAAGGACAUUUAGCCGUUGUUAAAGUUUUGCUUCAAACUGGGGCCGAUAUUAAUUUGAGCACCAGUAAUGGAAUUACUCCUCUACAUUAUGCAGCAAAAUUUGGGCAUCAUGAUAUACUGUGUACCUUAUUGCAGCAUGGUGCAGUAUACAAUGCAAGAACCAAGAAAGGCAAAAAAUCACCAUUACAUUUCGCCCAAGAAGGAGGAAAGAAAGAAAUUGCAGAGACCCUAGGACUAAUUGAAUGUAUGUUUAUUAGAAUAAGUAAAAAGGAUAACACAGUGCUAAAAGAGUUAAAUGAAUUAAAGGAAAUAAAGUAUGCUGAAUUUCUUGCCAUAAAAAACUGCAAAAAUGUAAAUGAAGAAACUGUGAUGCAAAUAGCUUCCAAAAAUGGAUAUGCGGAACUUUGUAAAUUGUUUUCUAGUUUGUAAUAUAGUAGAGUACUUGUUUAUUACUCAUUUAUAUCAGUGAAUGGUCUGACAAAAGCAGUUAACGUUACAUGAUGUGGUAUUGAUUUUCCAAGAUUUUGUAUACUAUCAAAGGAUAUUUUACUGUUGUAAACAGCAAAGUAGGAAUCGUCAACGGAUUCACAGAAAAUAAAAUUGCUUCCAGUGUAAUUACAAACUGUGUACAUAGAAGAUGUUUAAAUGGUUAUAUUUCACUUUAUUCUUGUGAUGGUUCAUUGAUAAAUAAUAAAGUUAAGGUUUCCACAUCUGUCACUGCUUACCAGAUUGCUUUGUAUGCCACAGUGUAUCAGUACCUGUACUCAUGUUUGAGCAAGUUGGGGUUAACUGGACCUAUUUUAUUCUUCCCUUCAAAUCUUACUUAAAAAUUGUCUUUUUAAAAUUUUUAUUCAUUAAUUUGGUGAAAAACUUAUACAAAAUUUAUAGGUGCUUUCAUUUUUGCAUUAUCACACACAGAUUUUACAGAAUUGGAGAAGAACUUAGACCUGUCUUUUGAACUGUUUAACCCCAGUGGCUGUGUUAACUGGACCAUAUGUCAGGGUUAAAUAGACCUCUUGGUUAAAUAAAUGAAUUACAGGAGCUUAAAUGCAAAAUGUUGCUCUGACAACAUUAAUAAAAAUGCUAUACACACAGUUAUAAGUAUAUUAAUGAAAAAAAUUGUGGAAAUAACAAAACUAGUGCACAAUUAAUUUAGCAUCGUUAAUCUGGAACCAAAUCUCGUUUUCAUAGUGAGCUGUAGAACCACGUAUUGGAUUGGGUAGUUUUGCAAUUAUUUAAUUUCAAGCAAUAAAGGUAUCAUUUUCUUGUGCAAUUUCAAAUAUUGUAGUGGAAACAACUCUAUUAAAGAAAUUUACUUCACAGCCAUUAUUGCACAUUUUAAAGACUUGAGCAACAUAAUUGUGACCACUUCGGCAGUUUUUUGUUCUACUUUGCCUACUAUGAACUCCCCUUCUUCACUGUUAUGUCAUCUUCAUCAUCACUUGGGUAGAAGUCAGUAUGGGGGGAAUCAAUGUACUGGACAUAAUCAGCAACUUCAGAGUUGCUGCUGGUCUCUUCCAAUACUAGGCAUUUGGCUGAAUGCUUUACUUCAUUUAAUGUGUGUAUUUUGGAAGCUGCUCUGAUCUGUCCUUUGCUGCUGCAUCUAACUAUUGUUUAACUACUGUAUUGGUACAGACAGUUGACUUCCUAUUCUUUCUACCUCUUGUUGUUGUCCUUGCACCAAUCUUAGAAUAUGGUCAAACUAUCACAGGAUGUGUAAUAUCUGUUUGCUAAACUUUUCUGAUUUCCAGUAUUCUGCACACUGCCAUCUGCUGAUUUGCUAGCACUGUCUGUCAGUGAGUCAUUGGCUGUUUGUUGCUGACUUGGUAGAGGUCUGUUCAUUGCAUUCGAUGACAAAAAAAUCUUGGUCGGUAAAUAUGAUUGAAUUGGAAGGUUCAAUACCACUGAUAUUUUUCAAGAUGUUAGAGACAAUAAAAGCCAAAAGGUAUGCUAUGCCUGCAAGGCUGCAAUGCCUUAUAUGAUAAUUCUGGGGUCACUAGCAAGUGUUCCUAUGAAGUUACUCAUUAUAUUCAUUCAUCAGCAACUUUUCACAGUUAACUUAACUGUUCCAUCUAACCCUAAACUUUACUGGUCCAGUUAAUCUCACCUUCACUUUAUCAAACAUCUUCAAAAUAGUGGGAAAAUAUGUCCUUGCACAGAUUAUAUUUCAUAGAGUAUCAUAAAACCAUUAACACUGAAUUUAACUCAAAGAAAAAAAUGUGUACUAUUAAUAAUAAAAAUUUUAGGAGAAUUUGUUAGAUGUGAGAAAAAAUUUCUAUCACUGGAUUACACAUUUUUAUAUGUAUCUGCGAAUUUAACUAACAUACAACAGCCAUAUAAGUUCAAAUAGGUAGUACUUCCAACCAAAGGAAAUAAUUAUGUAUGACAUAAUUUUCCCUCUUGAAUUAUUAACGUGAUCUUCCUGUUAACUCCAAGGUUCAGAUAACCCCAACCUCUUGUAGCAUUUAUCACUAAGCAUUCUCUAAUGUGACAUAUUUCAUAAGCUCAGUAUCUAUAUUUAUGUGUAAAUUUUCAUAAUAUGUAUGUUUUUAGUAGGGGAAUGAUACUACCUUAUCUGUCAUAUCUUUAUGUAUUUUAUGUUCUCUCUUCUCUCUCACUUCACUGUUAGAAGCAUGUAAAAAUAAUCCGUUAGUCAAAUAUUUCUUUGAUAUCUCACAAAGCCUUUGAUUUUCUGAACAGUGCAUGAAUUAUUCAUUCCAUUAGCUGUGAAAAAGAUGUUUAUGAUGUUGACAUUUCAGAAUGUAUGAUGCUUCAUAUCUAAGAUGUAUUGCAAAAUAAUAAAAAGAUUCCCUGUAUUAAAAUAACAAUAUGAGAUCCUGAACUGAUAUUUAUAAGUCAUAUGCAUUUUAUAAUUCUCAUUUUAAAAUGCAGAAGCUACUAACUUUUUGUAAAGUGCAGGGUGAUGGUUGUCACAUC